AUGAAGUGAGCACACGCUACCGGUAACGAGACUCCACUACAGUCAUUCAAAACGUCCACGUGUCCGCUUUCGGCGUCCUCGUACUAUCAAUUAUAGUGAGUUUUAUCUCGCGACUAUGCUCACCGGUGUAACGUCGGUAAUGUUGUAAUCGUAUAUCCACAACGGAUACCGACAUACUAAACGCAUCGGACCCGGCCGUUGGGAGGGGGUUGGUGAUCGGCUAUCACGAUCUGUUGAAAUUGGCCGCUUGUGACGCGUGCACCGCUAAUAAAUCAUUACCGCCGGUACAGCAUAAUUAUCACGACGGUUGCACUUGCACUCUGCCCGGUCCCAUUAGGACUCGUAACUGCAGGCUGGCCACCGUUGCCAUUAGAACGCUGCCGUAUCCAUCGCCGUCGGUGCAGCACGUCUUGAACCGCUGUCACUGUACCGGUCCCAGUCACAUAAGCACUACGUCCGAUUUCACUCAACACCAUCCGUCGCCGGCACAGCAUCAACAGAUGCUUUUUGUACCGUUUUCUAUGCCGGCUAACUACGGCAAUCAGUUGGCUUGCCCUGGGCCGACCGCAGCAGCAGCCGCCGUCGCUUCUUUGUCUAAUAGCACUGCAGUGAGUCCGUCCGCUGCGGCCGCCGCCGCCGUUUCAACAGUGAUCAAUGGCAAUUCUGGUCUUAAGGAAAUGAAACUAAAUUGGUCAACUUCGCCGGGACCACAAACAAAGACAGAUACUAGCAAACACCAUCACAUAUUUGUGGGAGACCUAAGUCCCGAAAUCGAAACGCAAACAUUAAGAGAAGCAUUUACACCCUUUGGCGAAAUAUCAGAUUGCAGAGUAGUUCGAGAUCCUCAAACCUUAAAGUCAAAAGGCUAUGGCUUUGUAUCGUUCCUAAAAAAAGCCGAAGCCGAAAGCGCAAUUGCUGCGAUGAAUGGACAAUGGCUUGGUAGUAGAAGCAUAAGAACGAAUUGGGCUACUAGAAAACCACCGACGUUAAAAGCAGACUCAAAUACCAAGCCUUUAACUUUUGACGAAGUAUACAAUCAAUCUAGUCCAACCAAUUGCACUGUGUACUGUGGAGGGCUGACCAGUGGACUUACUGAUGAGCUGAUACAAAAAACAUUUGCUCCAUUUGGUAACAUCCAGGAAAUUCGGGUAUUUAAAGAUAAGGGAUACGCAUUUGUUCGGUUUGCUACCAAGGAAUCCGCUACUCACGCCAUCGUAGCCGUACACAAUACCGACAUCAAUGGGCAACCAGUCAAAUGUUCGUGGGGAAAAGAGUCUGGUGAACCAAUCGUGUCUCAAAACACGUCUCAAGUUUGCUCGUCUCAGGCGGCACUGAGCAGCACGCAGUUCCCAUACACGGCUGCUGCGUACGGCCAACAAUUGGGCUACUGGUAUCCUCAGAGCUACCCAGCCACACAAUUACAAGGUCAAUUUCUUCAAGGCGUACAAGGAUAUACGUAUGGUCAAUUCGGUUACCAGCAGGCCGGUUAUUUAGGGCGGAUGGGAAUGCAAGCGUUGCCAACCGGCGCCACGACCGCGUGGACUCAACCCGGCGCCCUGCAACCUGGUCAGCAGAUCGCUUCCGCCGUAGCAGCUCAGCAAACGGCUCCCGCACCCGCACCGCCACCAGCAGCUGCUGCUAUGAUUCCGGCCUAUCCGACGCUGCACCAGUUUCAGGUAAAACAUCCACCGAUGCCCUGGGGCAUGUACGAGCAUCACGGGUAUGAAACCAACGAGCUUUCCAUUUUGAAAAUGGCGACAUCGUGAUCCCUCGAACUACUCGACAACAAUUCAUACAACUUGUCAUAUGACUUAUUGUAAUCAUUAUCAUGACCAUAAUUUAUAAAAAUGAAACAUUUGCGAUGGUAUAACAAAUAUAUUUAUAACAUACCGAUCGCAAAAGCAAUUAAAACAGGACGAUGAACAUAACAACAACAAUAAACUUAUUAACUAUGUAGAGAAAUAUCGAGAAUGUCCCCUUUGCACAACGUUGUAUUAUUUUUUGUUCCAAUGUUUUGUAACACUGCACGCGUAAACCAGAAACCAAAGUUUAGCGAAUUAUUGUAAAAACAGGAUAUUGAUAUGUUUUAGUUUAGGGAAAAAUAAUUAUUUUUAAAUAGACAUAUUUUUUGUACAAAUUCAAUUCUCAGUAUAAGUGCGUAGGAUUGUUUGUCCUUCCCCCGAAUAAGCUCCAAAAAGUUAUUUUAGAUAGCGGAACGUUACGUACGUGUCAAAAACAGAAGUGUAGAUAGUAAAAGUACUGUCAAUAAACUUAUAACAGAGUACGCAUAAGUUUGAAAAAUGCUGAGGGAGUAUUUUCCUGGGUAGUAAAUCCAUUAAGAAAACCAAUCACCUUUUCGUUUGUUUUUUGUGAGAAAAAAUGUACUUUGGCGGAGCACAAUAUUUGAAUUUUCAAACGCUUUCUUAAAGCCAUUUAACACUGAAAAAACACCCAAUACGUAAAAUACUUUGUUGAACAACUACACUAUUAUUAUUUUAAUCGUUUAUUAUAAAUUUUAUUAGUUUAAAUUUUUAGUUUAUUAUUUAGACAAUUAUUAUUUUUUAACGAAACUUCCACCGUUGUACCCGACACGUUUAGUUAAUUUCAAUUUUUUUUUUCCCAAAAAAUGUAAUAUUAAUUCGUGGACGCAUUUGAGUGUGUUUAGGUUUGCACAGGAAAUUGAUUCACACUCUCGAUAAUUUAGGCACAAUAACAAUAAGUUUAAUUAAUAUUUAUUCAAAUGAAAUUCAGUUCUCAGCAUGUCUCUAGUCUCUUGUCGGCCAUAUCAAAUCUGAAAACACACAAAUGCGUUUGGCCGUCGUCACUGUCGAAAAAUCGGAAAUUGUUGUAUGAAUAAUCACCGUCGUAAUUGACUUAGUGGUCACUGGAUGACCGGUCUAACAAUUCCAUAAUCUGACAGUGAACGGCAUACGCCCAAAAAAAAAAACAUUAAUAUAUACAAUACUAUAAAUGAAAUAAACGGGCAAUGAUGUGGUUUGCAGAUAGCCGACGAAGAGUGGCUUACGCCGAGCUUGCUGGUUUGAGGAUCACUGAAUUCUGGAGCCCAAAAACGCGAUACGAUUAUUCUUCCAAACUCAUCCACCUUCUGCUACGUACAAGCCAAUCAAAAUCACAAUAUCCUGAGCGUUCUAUGACGUACCCAUCAAAAUUGUAAAUAAAUCAUCGGGCGCAAAACUAAAAUUUAUUUAUUAUUAAAAUAUGAAAAAUUAUUCUAACCAUUAUAAAUAUAUUAGUUAUGUUGAAUUUAUAAUAUUAUUCGUGUAUCAUACGUAUUCUCAAUGGGUCACGCAUUCGGUUUUAAAUUGAUCGGUAUAAUCAAGUAUAUAGGAAAAAAAAAACUUAACAUAUCAUCGACACAAGUGAUGAAGAAUUGUGAUAAAAAUCGAUUAUUAAACGAAAAAAUAUUUAAAACGAAAUGAAAUAGUAAUAUUAGUAAUUAUUGUUUAGUGUAAACGGUAAUUGAAAAUAAAUUAAAAUAAUAUUAUUGCGCUUUUAUGCUCAACGAAUAUGAUGAUGUAUAUGAGAAUUAUAUAGUUGUUAAAAAAUGUAGGGUAUCGAUCGCCAAACCAUUUUUAUACGAAAUUAAACAUAUAUUUUUCAUUAAAAUAUAUAUUAUAUAUACUUAAGGUAAUGUUUUCCGUUUUGUUUUUAUUUUCAUUUCCGCGCGUUUGAGCCGAUUUCAUAUUCGUACGGCUCCAGAAAAAAAACACAAUACAUUAGAAUAAAUAAAUAUUAUUCACUCGAUAAAUCCUAUCUACCUAUGUUAUUAGUUUAUUAUUGAAUCGUUUGUUCGGAAUAACAAACUCAUACCUAGCCCUUAUAAAGCACGAUGUACUUUUAAUUCGCAAUAAAUCAGACCUGCUACGUUUUGCUACAGCUAGCCAACUUUUGUAAAUACCUAUUUAUAUGAUAAAUUAAAAAAGAAAAAUAAUUAUUUAAAUCGAGCUGUUUUUAUUUUAUAGAGCGUUAUCAUUAGAAUACAUUAUAUUAUUAUGUUGUGUUAUGUUUGUCCAUUAUUUUUUAUGAAUAUAAAAAGUUAAUUGCUACCCUUCUGACACGACUACUGUGUUAGUGAAACUAUUAUACAAGUAUAGAUAAGUCCUUACCAAAAAUAUUACAAUUAUUUUUCAAAAACUCUAUAUUGUUUUAUUUUAAAAUAAUUUCCUGUGCUCGACGGUAUACACUCACUCCGCACUACUUACAUCCACCAGAUCUAGAAUUUUUGGCAGCACUCAGUAAUGUGCUGCUGUUUUUAAUAACCCUCCCUUCCUCCCUAGGAUGAAUUAUAUUUUGAUUAGCUUAAGUAAAAAUAAUUUUGAAAAAUCAUAUUGUAUAUGAUUUAUAUAUUGAAAUGUUUGUAAUAAAAAAAUUAACUAAAUCGCAAAUAAUUUUUUUAAAGGGGAAAUGAUAAUAUUAACACCGCCGUGUAGCUUCAUUAUAAUAAUAUUAAUUUAAUAUAAGUUAAUUAUUAAAUUAUGCUAAAAAAAAAAAAAAUUAUAUUCAUCUAAGAUUGUGUAAAUAAAUAAAAAAAAAAUAUACCUAAAAGAUUAAUUAAACGAUCUUAGGAUUAACCAAAGCUUAAUUAUAAGCCUGUAGCGUGUAAGUAAUCUGGUUUAUUUACCAGACGAGCUAAGUCAUAACUAUUAAUAAAAUACUGAAUUACAAAAAAAAAAAAAAAAA